GUGUUUUUACUGCUAGGAGUACCACCUCCAUCCUUCCCUCCCUUCUUGUAACCUCUGCAUGAUUUUGCAUAAAACUUUUAGAGGGUGUCCAGGGAAAAAAUGUUUGAAGUUCACUGGUUAACCAAUUCUUUCCAGAAACUUGGCUGUGAACUGGAGAAGAGGAGAGCUGGCCGGAAGGAAAUUUGGACCAAAGGUGAUUUUAUUUUUAUUUUUUAAUUUUAAUUUUAUUUAUUUUUUGGAGACAGAGUCUCAACCUGUCGCCCUGGGUAGAGUGCCAUGGCAUCAUAGUUCAUAGCAACCUCCAACUCAGCCUCAAGCAAUCCUCUUGCCUCAGUUUUUCUAUUUUUAGUAGAGACAGGGGUCUCGCUUUUGCUCAGGCUGAUCUUGAACUCAUGAACUCAAGCAAUCCAACCUCCUCAGCCUCCCAGAGUGCCAGGAUUACAGGCGUGAGCCACCACGCCUGGCCUUUAUUUUUAUUAUUUAUUUAUUUUUGCAUUUUUUGGCCGGGGCUGGGUUUGAACCCAUCACCUCCGGCAUAUGGGACGGGCACCCUACCCCUUUGAGCCACAGGCGCCGCCCUUAUUUUUAUUUUUUAAGAUGGAAGAUUUGAGUGCUGUGCGUGGAAGCUCAUGCCAGUAAUCCUAGCAUUUUAGGAGGCAAGGCCAGACAAUGUAGAAAAAUUAGCCAAGUGCGGUGAUGCAUGUCUAGCUGCUCAGAAGGAUGAAGCAAGAGGAUCCCUUGAGUCCAGGAGUUUGAGAUUGCAGUGAGCUGUGAUGACACACUCCACUAUAGCCCAGAUGACAAAGUGAAACCCUGUUCCCCCAAAAAAGGAAGAGCAACUUUAAGUGUUUAAUGUCCUGCCUAUUUUACAGAAAAAAAAAAGCACAGAGGAGAUGAGCUGUGAGUUUACUACAACAUGAGCACUCUGGAACAAGAUCCAGGUAACUCUGUGUAUUUGUCAAGAUGGGCUAGGUUAUGCUCUAGCAACCACAAGCAGCAUCCACUACAGUUGAGUAAAUUUACACCAAGUUUACUUCUGUCCCCUACAUGUCCUAGGGUGGAUUGGCAGGGAGUCAUUUCAUCUUGGUCAUUCAGUGACGCUGGCCACCAGAUGAUGGUUUCAGCUCCGUAGUUGGAGCAGCUGGCAGAAUGGGAUACAAUGAUUCGCUCACUAGCUUUUUUUUUUCUUUUUGGCAGUUUUUGGCUGGGGCUGGGUUUGAACCCGCCACCUCCAGCAUAUGGGGUUGGCGCCCUAUUCCUUUGAGCCGUAGGCACCACCCCCGCUCACUAGCUUUUAAAAGCUGAUAGGAGUAACACGUAUCACCUCCGUUGUUUCAAGUGGGUCAGAGCAGUGCCAAUCCUACCAAAUGCCUAGGAAAAGAAACAGCUGGGAACUCUGAUGAGCAGCGCCGACGACUCCAUGUCAUUUCCAGUAUUGGAAAUAGCCACAUACUUGUAUUAUCUAGUACCUACUUUGAGCCCAGGCAAGAUGGGGUAAAAGUAAAGCACAGCAUAUAAGACAUAAGUAGUUCUUUUCAACAGAUGAAAGAAUUGCCGAAUUCCAGUCUCUACCACUCUCUGCUAUUGCGACGCGAGCCUGGAAGUUCUUUACCUCUGUGGGGAGGACUCAGAGCUCUUCCACCUUUAGCAUUUUCCGGUUAUAGUUAUUUGAGGACUAGAAUAAGAGGCGAGGUGGGAGAAAGCAAGCUCAACAAGUGGCAGGCGGGCCAUCUCAGGAAAACACUUCCUUAGUACUUUUGUCCGGGUGCCUGCUGGGGAACGCGCUUUCAACCCGCAGAGGGCAGUAAACUCUUUGCAAAGAGCUUGGCAGUUCAAGUGCACCGGCAUUCUCGGAUCCCUUACUACUCGUUAGAGGAGUGAAUGACACCUAGUGGGCGCCUUCUCUUAAAUGAGCUCCUGAAUCGAAUCCUCCUUCUCCCAAGAGUUGUCAAGGUUGCAUCUUAAUGGGGUGACAUCAAACUAAAGGGAAUCUUUGGGACAUCCGCAGGUUGCUAGUGGCUUGGGAGGUGCCAAUUUCCCAGGGGAAGAUGCCGUGUAACUGAAGGUCAGCUCUGCCCAAGGGUGCUGUGGGCUGGGCAGCAGGGACUGUAGUCAGCUUUCCACCGGACUGCUGAAGGAAAAAAAGGGUGAACCGAAGCGUCCAUGGGACAAGGCAGCCGGGAGAAGGAGGAGGAGAGGAAGAGCGAGGGAGGAGACUAGGCCGCGGGCGGGCCCAGGCUCGGGCCCGACUUCCGCGGCCCGGCAGCGCGGCCUAGUCGCCAUGGCGGGUCUGGGCUCUGGCUUGGCGGUCCCGGUGUGGCUGGUCGAGGACGACCUGGGCUGCAUCAUCUGCCAAGGGCUGCUGGACUGGCCCACCACGCUGCCCUGCGGCCACAGCUUCUGCCGCAGGUGCCUGAAAACACUGUGGGGCGCGAGGGGCCCCUGCGCCUGCCCCACCUGCCGCGAGGGCGCCGCGCAGCAGCCGCGGCUGCGGAAGAACACGCUGCUGCAGGAGCUGGUGGACAAGUACGGCCGCGCGGCGCGGGAGCUGGAGGCGGGCCCCGCCCCGGCCCCGGCCCCGGCCCCCGCCUCGGCCCCCGCCCCGGCCCGCGGGCCACAGCGCCUCCCCGCGCAGCGGCAGGAGGCAGUACAGAACAACAUCAUGAAAAUUGGUCAAGAGCUGACAGAGCUGGUUGAACAGCUUGUAGACAUUGUCAAGAGUCUUCAAAAUCAGAGACCCCUCUCAGAAUCUGGACCGGACAAUGAACUGGGCAUCCCAAGCACGCUAAUGACUUCUAACACAUCUGAAGAAAAAAUGAAAGAUGCUCUUCAUGAUCUAGAAGAAAUUCAGGAAAAAUUACGAGAAAACCUUACAUGGAAAGAGGCUUUUGAAGAACAAACACAGGUGGACCUUCCAGAAGCCCCAUCUUCCUCCUCAUGUCCACAACCUGACCGGGGCCUCCUUGCACCUAGGAGGGCCUCUCGGUUUGCUCAAUGGGCCAUCAGUCCAACCUUUGACCUGCGGACCAUCUCCUAUCGCCUGGAGGUGUCCAAGGAUUUCCAGACAGUGACUGUGUCUCACCGCCAACAGCCCUAUCCCUGGAACUGUGAGAGAUUUUCAACCAGCCAGGUCUUAUGUUCCCAGGCCCUCUCAUCUGGGCAGCAGUACUGGGAGGUGGACACCAGGUGUUGCAGCCACUGGGCAGUUGGAGUGGCUUCCUGGGGGAUGAGCCGUGACCAGAUCCUGGGAAGGACUAUGGACUCUUGGUGUGUGGAGUGGAAGGGGACUGGUCAACUCUCUGCAUGGCAUAUGGUCAAGGAAACUGUCCUUGGCUCAGACAGACCUGGCGUGGUAGGCAUCUGGUUGGACCUCGAGGAGGAGAAGCUUGCCUUCUAUUCUGCAGCCAAUCAGGAGAAACCUUUAUAUGAGUGCACGGUCUCUGCCUCCUCUCCUCUGCACCCUGCCUUCUGGCUAUAUGGCUUACAUCCUGGAAAUUCCCUGAUCAUAAAGCAAAUAAAGAUGUAAGAGUUCUUCAGGGGUUA